AUGUAAAAUUCAAAAAAGAAGCAAAUAUUUUGCAAUCAAUUCGAAUUAUUUAAAGACAAGAAAUUUAAGCAAAUACCCUCAUUGAAAUUAGUUAAAGUGGAAUAGCCUAUUCAUUAAGAAUAAAUAUUUAAUGAGUCAAGUGCAGAAGAUAUUUUUGAGUAGAUGGGAAACAAGGAAACCAAUCAGGACAAACUAAUCUAGGCGAAUAAAGAAUCCAAAGUCAAUAAAAAUGAUGAUUGGAAAUCCUAUUAUAAUUCAAGAUUAAAGGAAAUUAAAUUAGAAAGACCAGAACUUAAUCAUAAUUAAUUGACACAGUUAAUAUCUGAAGAAUGGAAAAUGAUCAAGAAAUAAUUCAAAAAAGCUCCUUAACCCUCUAAUCAAGACGAAGAUGUAUUGAAUAAGAAGAAAAUAAAGUAAAAUAAGGAUAAAUCAAAAUUCUGUUAAGAAGUAAUCUAUGAAAAAUAGGAAUCUGAUGGUGAACUUGAUUUUAAUGCCUUUGAAUGUGCUAAGUUUAUUGAAAAUUUGCGAGAAAAGAAAUUUAAAUUAGUUAUAAAUGAUUUAACAUAUGAGCUACCGGGAACAGCCAUAAUAGAAGCAGUUGAAAAUGAUUCAGUACUAAUAUAUUUGAGUGAAAACAACAAUAAUAAUAAUACAAAUACGGCAUAUGGAACCCCGAACGAAAAAGUUAAUGCUAAUUUGGAAGAAAUAGGAAGUGAUAGCGAAUAGAGUAUUUGCAAAGGAAAUGAUGAUUUUAUUUUGUAAAACAAUAUCAGAUCAUUUUUAUGA